AGAAUUAACGAGAGUGCAGAGAAAUAUUUAUAAAACGUUUUAAAUCUAAUUAAGAAGUAAUUUUUAAUCAAUAAAAGUGUUUAAUUACGUGCGUUUAGUAUUCCAAAAAAUGCUCGACUCUUCAUCUGUCUUAAUAUUUUACUAAAUAGGUUAAUUUUCGAAAGAUCGAAAUGAUCUAAUGCCUUUAGUUUUGCUGGCGUGUUGAAAACUUUUUAAAAAAAUUGUAAUCGACAAUUUUAUGGAAAAAUGCCAUCAGUGUCAAAGCAUCGCAAGGUUAAGAGACCAAGUGUUGUUAUUAAGAGAACACAAUGUCCUAGAAAUCGACCUCCAAAAGCUCGUACACCAUCGUAUGAAAAAUUAAAAAAUAACAAUCAUUCUUUGGCAAGAGCGUUAUCGCAGGAAAAACAGGAGAGUCAAUCACUUUUUUCUCAGAAUGUUGCUCUUGUCGCUGAAGUACACGACCUGGAAUUCGCCUGUAAACGACGAGACGAUGUGCUGAAGAGUGUUUCAAAUAAUGCGAAAGAAAUGCUCCAACUGAUGAUAAAUAUGAGUAAUUGUCUAACAAACACAAUAUCGUCCUGUCAGGAGUUUAUUUCAAAUACAGGAAACAGUUAUCGAUCAUCUGCAUCUUCUACUGGAAGACGUGAUUCAAAUAGAAGACUGUCUACAAAAUCGCCUGCUAGAGGAGUUGUGAAGCCAAUGGUUAGUGGACAUACAAUACAAAAGCCAACAAUUAAUUUAUCGAGAGUGAAUAUGCAAAAUAUUCAAAGUGUCCUGAGUUUAACGACCAUUGAAGAGGCGCCUUCCUCGCCGGAAAUAAAUUCAGCCUCACCUACCAAUGGUUCACCUAGAAGUCCUUCCAAUAGAAUUUCCGAUUCAUCACGCAGACAACUCAAUUAUGAAAAUCGACGUGUCCGGAGAAUAUCAGAACGACUUCCAGUCGUAUUGAUCGAUGAUUUGGAUGAAAGAAGAAUUAGUAAUAGACCAAGAAUCUCAGAUCGAUUCUCUGGUAGAUUUUCAAAACGCAAAUCAAAUAGUUUAUCGGAAAAUCGAAUAAAAAGGCGAAGCAAUGAUACACAAAAUGAUCGACUCGAAGGAAUUCUAAUUAAAAGUCCACGUGUGGCCCUAAGCGAUGUUUCCAAGUUACUUCAAAAUUUACAAACGGUUAACGUUCGAACGCUCGAGGAACAAUCGUUAGUAAUGGACGAGACACGAUGUUUAAAUUCAACAAUUGGUUCUCAGAGUCGUGAGAAUAGCUCAUUAAGAUCCGAGAAGCAAGCAGAUAGUCAAAUGGAAGAUUUAGAAAGUGAUCCAGAUGUUUGUAUAAAAUUACCCUCAAGAUCAGUGAAUAAUGAAUUUAAUCCAAAUAUGACAAAUUCAAAAUCAGAGACUGCCGAUAAAACACGUAUUCUCAAUGGAUCGAGUUCAUUUGAAAAAUCACCACUCGACAAAACAACAAUUCUAAACAAUGAGAGUUAUAGUUUCAGUAAUGAAUCGAAAAAAUCGACAGUCAACAAUAAUUCAAUGAAUGAAGAUCCAUUGGAGGGUUCAAGUUGGAUGUUCAAUAAUGAUUUAACAGCUCCAAUUGAAAACGAUUCUGAUUCUGAUUCAGAAAGUCAAAUUGACAACGCUCAUUAUAAAAGUUCGAAAGUAAAUGCCAAUCAACAGAAUGGAACAUUCACUCCUGCACGUACAUCAACGAAAUUACAACGUCAAUUGGACAUUACAGAAAAUGAAACACCCAAGAAGGGUGCUUACUCGAAAGGAGGAAUUAAUAAUGAUAAUUCACCAGAUAUUGAGAUGACGAUGAAUUUUGCACGUUUCGUGACAAAAAAUCGUGGACAUUCAGCACGUGAAGUUGUUGAUGAUUUCAAUGAUAUGGAUGAUCCAACAAUAAUGUUAAACAUAAGACAACAAACGCGUAAACCAUCGUUUAAUAUUGAUGAUUUACAAUUGCCAGUUAUUGAGAGUCCAGUUGUUAAUAGGCCAGUUAAUGAGCCUGAAAUAACAAGUACCAUUAAUAUUGUUGCAAUUAAUGGAGUAAUGAGGGAGCCAAUUAAUUAUUUAUCGAAUAUGAGUUUACCACGUUUUUCAGACGUUCCUGUUCCUGUUUCUGAGGAUGAAUUAGAAGUUGAAAGUCCCGUUGUGGAGAAAAAGAAAGUGCCCCGAAAACGAAAGAAAAAGGAGAUAUUGAAUGAAACACAUUCGGAAAAUGAGAUGUCAAUUCAAAGUUCUGUGCAAAGUAAGGCAAAGAAGAAAAAGGUGAAACAUAAAACUAAUGAAAAGGAUAAGGAUCCAAGUGCUGCUAAAGUUGUUCUACAGAAAUUACCCUCACAGAGCAGAAAAUAUUCGGACGAAUCAUUUACGUUGAGGAACUCAGUAAAAAUGGAACCAACGAGUGAUUCUGAAAGCAGUAAUGCCAGCAGUAAAUAUGCUUCUACAAGACCAAGACGUCAAAAAGCUCCAUUAAAUUUACAAGAACCUAACUUAAUGAAGAAGCUUAGAAGGAAAGAUUAAAAAUCUCCAGAUUGCGUGUGUCAACAUUUUUUAUUUUUCUGAAGGACUUAACUAAAUUUACUUGAGUUUUCCAAUAAUUUAGCAAUUAUACAUAAGCUACUAUUUAUUACUUAUGCAAGGCAUUUUCCACAUUGAAACAUAUUGCUUCCAUAUUUUCAAAUCGCAGAAAAAUCCACAUAAUCAAUUUUUUUUUCUUUUCAUUUCUUUUUAUUUUAUUCAUUUUUUUUCUC